AUGGCUACCAUUGUGGGGGGUUCAUGCAAGUGGAAGGAAAUUCUUCAAAUGAAUCAAUAUGAACAAAUAGUUGAAAGAACCGCUCACGGUCAAAUACCAACUGGAAAAGGUUUAAAUCAAGAGACAAUCUUAAAGCGACCCGGAGACACUCGUUGGGGUUCCUAUUUUGGUACAGUUACAAGUGUUAUCUCAAUGUUAUCUCUAAUAAUUUUCUUGAUGAAAAUUAUUAAAGACGAGCCUAAGAAUGAUGCUGCAAGAAAUGAUGCAGGUUGUAUUUUGUAUACCGCGGAGGAUUUUGAGUUUGCAUUCUUGUUGCAUCUUAUGCAACUUAUCUUGGGGAUUUCUUAUGAGUUGUCACAAGCACUACAAAGAAAAGAUCAAGACCUUUUAAAUGCAAUUGGUUUAGUGAGGGUAGUCAAGUCUCACUUACAAGAGAUGAGAGAUAAUGGUUUUGAUGAAUUGCUUCAAGAAACGAAUAUUUUUGCAAAUAAAUAUGAUAUUGACAUUCCACAUAUGGAAGAUGUUUAUUGUCCCUAA